AUGCCAAAAGCUUUUCUCAUCAAGAAAAAACACGAGGCCAUGUUGGCCGCCCAGAUCACAGGUGUCAAGCGACCCUGGCUGGACGACAUGGAGUUGCCCGAAGACCUCUCGAGGUCUUCAGCAUCUCCCACCCUGUCGUACUCUCCGACGCCCUCCGUUUCGCCGGCGCUCUCGAUCUCGCCGGCGCCUUCGGACUGCUCUGCCACCGUCCCAGAUAUGGCCAUGCCGUUUGACCUGUCAACGAAACGCAGAUGCAACGAAGCCUCCGAACCUGUGGUUUCUCCCUCGACGCCGGCGGUGGCCGAGUGGCCGCGAUUCAUGAUGCCGAUACCUCAUCUGCCGUACACCAUGCCCGCGAUGUCACCUUUCUACUAUCCCAUGAUGCAGACUUUCUCGCCCCAAAUCGUCUCGCACCAGCCCAUGGUACCGCUCGCGCAACAGGACGUGGCCGUCGUCCCGUCCUGGGCGUCCGAGGACAAGGAAUCGCCGAAGAAAGACGUCGCCGCGCCCCUGUCUCCCUCCGACAGCAAAGGAUCGUUCAGCUGCAGAUUCUGCUCGAAAUCCUACGUCUCCAUGGGAGCCCUGAAAAUGCACAUCCGCACCCACACGCUGCCGUGCAAGUGCGAUAUCUGCGGAAAAGCUUUCUCGCGGCCGUGGCUUCUCCAAGGCCACAUCAGAACCCACACCGGCGAGAAGCCCUUCGAAUGUGAACACUGUCAUCGGGCGUUCGCCGACCGCUCGAACCUCCGCGCCCACCUGCAAACCCACCAGGAAGUGAAAAAGUAUUCCUGCACCCGAUGCUCGAAAACCUUCAGCCGGAUGUCGCUCCUCCAGAAACACCAGGACAGUGGUGCGUGCUGUCAAGUGCUACCGAGACCUUCGCCCCAAUCGAGUCCGGCAGCCGUUCCUAGCGCUUGAGAUGCCCAUCAGUCCCACGGGGACGUAGAGGGGAUUUCCAUACGGUAUCGGUAUGGAGGCUGUGAUAUCAGUCGUUGUUGUGAGUCUAGUCCACGGAAGUUUUCGACAAAUUGUGUGUUGGUGCCAUUCGGAAAGUUAGGCGCGGGAAAGAUGAGGAGAGUCCUUCUUUCUCCGUUCCGAGAAAUUUCGGCAAUUUUAAAGCUCGAAGAACACUUUGGGGUGUACUUCGGACGCACUCUGUAAAAAGAACUCUGUACAUAAAUCAAUUUUCGAUAUUUCGUAAUAUAAAAGCUA